UUCCUCAGAGCUUGAGUGGUGCCUUGUCAGGGAGAGUACACAGCUGUGCAGCUCUCUGACAGAAUAUAAAAUAUGUACUUUUAUUAGGACAAGAUGUUGUUGUAAGUUUGGGUUUUUCCAAGACGGGGUCUGCAAACAGCUUGCCAUGGUUGUUUUGUCUUUAGUACACUCAUUCUACAAAGUUUCCUAAUUUGUUGCUUGACCAGCAGACCCGACAGAGUCCCGGGCCUUUCCUCCAUGUCGGACACGGUGAUGACCUCGCCUUGCAUCAACCUCUUCUCUCCUGGACCCACACAUCUACUGUCUCCCGUCACUAAUCUGGCCCUAAACAUGAACAAUCUAGCUGGACUUGGGAGCCAACAGUGUGAUACUCCAAAGCGGAAACAACGUGUUCCCCUUCUGAAGAUUCCUUCCGUCGCCUCUGACUGCUCCUCUGAUGCAGGUGUUGGUAUGGAUUCCCCCAGCCCCAUGGACCCCAUCCAUGUUGAGGAGACGUUUGAGAAGGCCGUUCUCCAUUCUGGAAGAGUUGUCAAUGAAAACAUGCCAAUCCGAAGAAUCAACUCUCUGCCACUGCAGCUGCUGGGCUUCAGCCCGGCUCUGAAGGGUCCGGUCCCCGGGAGCCAGAGUCAGCAUCGCCAUGGGGCCUUUGGACGGCUCGGUUCAGCCCACGAUACAGCCACCUCCUCUGGGCACAGCGGUCACGGUGGACAGGGAAACAAGGAGAACCAGGAAAGCUUUGAGUUUAAGAAGCCCACCAAGCCCAUGUCACCCUGCCGUAUGAGGUCCUUCCAUAGUGAAGGAGAGGAGAACAAGGACUUUGCCCCCUGGCCCAAGGACUUUGGCCCAGCGCUCGUGCUAUCUCCGUCCCAACACCUCAGCUCAUUGGGUGACAGAAGACCCAUCUUCCCGCAUCGCUGCUCCCUUGACGACGACGGUUUCCUUGACAUUCUGGAUGACUGUGAGGAGGAGUGUGACAUGCCCAUGGGGAUGUCCAGCCUGCUGACCGCUCCGCUUGUGAGGGACCGCACCACGCCAGGAGAUGACUCGCCCGUGGUUCGUUGUCGGCCUCGGGGUCUAUUCCGCUCGCCCUCCAUGCCCAGCCAGGCGAACCGCACACCUCUGAAGCGCCCCCAGGAUGAGAACACGCCUGUCAGAGUGAAGAGACGACGCAGCCUGGCGGAAACUCAUGGCACCACCAUGGACCAGGACGACAGCUCUCCCAGCAAGAUGGUAUGUUCUGAGCGCCACAUACAACGCUCCAAAUCAUUCUGUAACCACACAGAGAUUGAGAAGCUGCUGGACAAGGAGCUGAUUGGAGAUUUCACCAAAUCCUUCGCCCUGUCUACCGUGGAGGGAAAACACCAGGACCUCAAAUACAUCAGUCCUGAGAUGAUGGUGUCCGCUCUGAGCGGCCAGCUGCAUCAUGUUGUCGAGAGGAUCGUGGUGAUUGACUGUCGCUACCCGUAUGAGUUUGAGGGGGGCCACAUCAAAGGAGCCCUGAACCUCUACCAGGAGGAGCAGGUAGAGGAGUACCUCCUACGCACCCCGAUCGCCCCCCUCUCCCCUGACCACAGGGUCCUCCUCGUCUUCCACUGUGAGUUCUCCUCAGAGCGAGGGCCCAGGAUGUGUCGUUUCGUACGUGAGAGGGACAGGGCGAUGAACGAGUACCCUAACCUGCACUACCCAGAACUCUACGUCCUCAAGGGCGGCUACCAAGAGUUCUUCCAUCACUUCCGGAUGCAGUGUGAGCCCCAGGGGUACCGGCCCAUGCACCACCAGGACUUUAAAGAGGACCUGAGGAAGUUCAGACUGAGGAGCAGUACCUGGGCCGGGGAGCGCAGCAAGAGAGACCAGUACAGCAGACUGAAGAAGCUGUGACCCUACUGCCCCCCUGUGACCCUACUGCCCCCCUGUGACCCUACUGCCCCCCUGUGACCCUACUGCCCCCCUGUGACCCUACUGCCCCCCCGUGACCCUACUGCCCCCCCGUAACCCUACUGCCCCCCCGUAACCCUACUGCCCCCCCGUAACCCUACUGCCCCCCCGUAACCCUACUGCCCGGGGGGGUUGUGAUAUAUAUAGUAGGGUUAUAUACACCACGGCUAAGGGAAGAUAUAGAAAUGUAUUCAUGUCUACAUUUGUUUUUACCACUUUUAUUCUAUCAGACAACUUAAUGCAUUUAAAUUAAAUUAAAAUUAUAAAUUAUAUUAUUUGAGCUAACCGUAUAUAAAUAAAACCAUUACUCUUUUGAAAGUUCA